AUGCCGCUCGUCGACAACGCCCAGAUCAAGCAGGCGAGCUUGCAUAACCCGCUGCCGCUGCAAUUACACGCCUACAUCUGGCCAUUCCUCAUCAUCUGGCCUGCCUUCCUUGCUUUUUACCUCUCCCCCGAGCGCUACGAGAAGCACAUACAGUCGUCGGAAUGGACCUUCGUUUGGGUCGGCGGCAUUCUCACGGUGCAGGCGCUGACCUGGCUCACCACUCACUGGAACGUUAACCUUCGGAGCCUCUUCACGACGAUGGGCGCCCGCGAUGUGCGCACCGCGCAGCUCAUCAAAGUGAUCCCCAUCGCGAACGCGGGCUCCGCCGAAAUCUGUCCCCUCCAGCGCGAUAACGUCGGCGGAAAGCAGAAUCUCUCGUUCCUCUUCCAGAAGCGCCGGUUCCUCUACGACGCCGACAAAGGCUCGUUUGCCCCGCUUUCCUACGCGCUCGACGCCGAUCCGAAGCCGCAGCUCAAGACGUUCCAAGAGACGAAGGGGCUCACGACCCCCGCGGAGAUCGAGCGACUGCAUCAGCACUAUGGCGAUAACAGCUUUGACAUCCCGGUGCCGACGUUCACGGAACUGUUCAAGGAGCAUGCCGUCGCGCCGUUCUUUGUGUUCCAGGUCUUUUGCGUCGGGCUGUGGAUGCUGGACGACUACUGGUACUACUCGCUCUUUACGCUGUUCAUGCUGGUCGCGUUCGAGAGCACGGUCGUCUGGCAGCGGCAGAGGACACUGAACGAGUUCCGCGGGAUGAGCAUCCAGCCGUACCAUCUGCUGGUGUACAGGCAGAAGAAGUGGCAGGAGAUACAGAGCGAUAAGCUGCUGCCUGGCGAUGUGGUCAGCGUGGGCAGGACCAAGGAGGACUCGGGCGUCGCAUGCGAUAUGCUGCUCCUUGAGGGCUCUGCAAUUGUCAAUGAGGCCAUGCUUUCCGGCGAGAGCACCCCGGUGCUCAAGGAAUCCAUCCAACUGCGACCCGGCGACGCCAUCAUCGAACCGGAUGGUCUGGAUAAGAAUGCCUUCCUCUACGGCGGAACAAAGGUCCUGCAGGUCUCUCACGGGAGCUCCGCAGAGGACGAUAUUGGCACGGUUUCGAGGCUCUCCUCUGGAGUUCCGCCGCCACCAGACAAGGGCGCCGUCGCUGUAGUGACCAAGACCGGAUUUGAGACCAGCCAGGGAAGCCUUGUCAGGACCAUGAUCUAUUCCACCGAGCGCGUCUCCGCGAACAAUGUCGAAGCUCUGCUCUUCAUCCUCUUCCUCUGCGUCUUCGCUAUUGCGGCAUCGUGGUAUGUCUGGAAGGAGGGUGUCAAGCAGGACCGCAAGCGAUCCAAGCUUAUGUUGGAUUGCGUCUUGAUCAUCACCAGCGUCGUACCGCCAGAGCUUCCUAUGGAGCUCAGCUUGGCCGUCAACACCAGUCUUGCUGCACUGAGCAAAUACGCCAUCUUCUGUACUGAGCCCUUCCGCAUUCCCUUUGCGGGCCGAGUUGACGUUGCUUGCUUUGAUAAGACUGGUACUUUGACGGGAGAGGAUCUCGUGGUCGACGGUAUUGCUGGUCUGACCCUUGGUCAACCCGGCGCUAAGGUUGGCCCUGACGGGGCCCAUGUCGACCUCAGCGCUGUUACAGAGGUCGGAACCGAGACUACACUCGUUCUUGCUACUGCCCAUGCGUUGGUCAAGCUGAAUGAAGGCGACGUUGUUGGCGAGCCCAUGGAGAAGGCUACCGUGACCUCUCUGGGUUGGACCCUCGGCGCCCAUGACACACUAACGCCCAAGUCUCACUCUGCCAAAUCGCACGCCGAGCUCGUACAGAUCCGACGCCGCUUCCAAUUUUCAUCAGCGCUCAAGCGCCAGAGUUCUGUGGCGACGGUCCUGGUCAGCGACAAGAAGUCGAAGCGCAAGGUCAGGAGCACGUUUGUUGGCGUAAAGGGAGCUCCGGAGACCAUCCACAAGAUGCUAGUCGAUGCGCCCCCGCACUAUGAGGAAACAUUCAAACACUACACUAGGAAUGGCGGCCGUGUGCUUGCUCUCGCUUACAAGUAUCUCGCCCAGGACGCCGAAUGGGGGCACCACCGCAUUAACGACCUGAAGCGAGAGCAGGUAGAGUGCGAUUUGCACUUUGCUGGUUUCUUGGUCCUUCAAUGCCCGCUCAAGGAUGAUGCGGUUCAGGCCGUCCGCAUGUUAAACGAGUCCAGUCACCGUGUGGUUAUGAUUACCGGCGACAAUCCGCUGACCGCCGUCCACGUCGCCCGUCAGGUCGAGAUUGUAGACCGCGACUGCUUAAUCCUCGACGCACCAGAACAUGAUGAUUCCGGAGAGAAGCUCGUUUGGCGCAGCGUCGACGACAAGAUCAGUAUUCCCGUCGAUCCUACAAAGGCCCUUGAUCCGCAGGUCGUGCAGAACAACGAUAUUUGCGUCACCGGUUAUGCGGUCGAGAAGUUCAGGGACCAAGUGGGUUGGAAGCAACUCCUCCGGUACACCUGGGUCUACGCUCGUGUGUCGCCGAAGCACAAGGAAGAGAUUCUACUUGGGCUCAAGGACUGUGGCUACACAACCCUCAUGUGCGGUGACGGAACUAACGAUGUCGGUGCUCUCAAGCAAGCCCACAUUGGUGUCGCUCUGCUCAAUGGUACUCGUGAUGACCUGGACCGAAUCGCUGAGCACUUCCGCAACACAAAGAUGAAGGAGGUGUACGAGAAGCAGUGUCAGCUGAUGCAGAGGUUUAAUCAACCCGCCCCUCCGGUUCCGGUCAUGAUUGCGCAUCUGUAUCCCCCCGGUCCCGGCAAUCCGCACUACGAGAAGGCCAUGGAGAUGCAGGCUAAGAAGAAGGGCAUCGCACCACCUGUUGCGAACGGUACCGACGGCGCUGUCGCCAACGGUACCGUCGAGAAGCAUGGCCAUAAACACCACAACCAGCACCAGCCGCCGCAGAAUCCGCAACAAGCGGCCGCUGGUCUCGCCGACUCGCUCACGCAGAAGAUGAUGGAGUCUGAGCUAUCUGAACUGGACAACGAACCGCCUACGAUUAAGCUCGGUGAUGCAUCCGUCGCCGCUCCUUUCACAUCCAAGCUAGCCAACGUCAUCGCUAUUCCGAACAUCAUCAGGCAAGGGCGAUGUACCCUCGUUGCCACCAUUCAGAUGUAUAAGAUUCUGGCGCUCAAUUGCUUGAUCUCAGCUUACAGUUUAUCUGUUCUUUACCUCGACGGCAUCAAGUUCGGCGACGGUCAGGUUACUAUUUCGGGCAUGAUGAUGAGCGUCUGCUUCCUGUCCAUUUCCCGUGCAAAGCCUGUUGAAGCCCUCUCCAAAGAGCGGCCCCAACACAACAUCUUUAACUUCUACAUCAUCGGCUCAGUCCUUGGCCAAUUCGCCAUCCACAUCGUCACCCUCAUUUACGUCUCUCAAUACGUGCAACGCACUGAACCUAAGGAGAGGAACCCAGACCUCGAAAAAGAGUUCGAGCCUUCCCUUCUCAACUCCGCAAUUUACCUCCUCCAGCUUAUCCAGCAAAUCUCCACCUUCGCCAUCAACUACCAAGGCCGGCCCUUCCGCGAAUCCAUUCGCGAGAACCGUGGCAUGUACUGGGGCCUAGUCCUCGUCUCGGGCGUCGCGUUCUCCUGCGCCACAGAAUUUAUUCCCGAGAUCAACGAGAAGCUGCGCCUUGUGCCGUUCACGUCAGAAUUCAAGAUUAUGUUGACAAGUAUCAUGGUGGUGGAUUAUGCGGGGUGCUGGAUCAUUGAGAAAGGGCUGAAGUGGGCGUUUUCGGAUUAUAAACCGAAGGAUAUUGCUAUUCGAAGGGCGGACCAGUUGAGGAGGGAAGAGGAGAGGAAGCGCGAGGAAGAAAGAGAGGCACAGAUGAGGAAGAAUGCGGAGGAGGAGGAGCGGGCUAGGGCAGCAGGGUUAGCGAGGUAAUGUGUUGCGGUAAGGGAUAGGUCGGCGGCGUUGGUUCUGCAUAGCGGUGCUUGUUUGGUAGAUUCUUAGUUGUAGUAUUACUGAGAGCUAAAAUAGACUGGCAUUCAUUCAUUUCCGUCAGCCUCACUCCGGAUGUCGUGGCGUGCUCGG